GAGGGGGAGGGCUUAAUGGAUGUCCCAGGGGGAACCUCCCCUCUCAUUGUUUCUCUCCUCAGAUUUCAGUAGGCGAGGCUUACCUGGUCUACACCGAACGCUUGUACUCCCGUUCCCAGUUUAACAAUUACCUGGCCGCCCUCUACAAAGUUAUUGGGACAUUCCUGUUUGGCAGCGCCGUCAGCCAGUCGCUGACUGACUUGGCCAAGUACACGAUCGGCCGCCUGCGGCCCAAUUUCCUGGCCGUCUGUGACCCAGACUGGACCAAAGUGAAUUGCUCGGUUUACAUCCAGGUGGAAGACGUGUGCCAGGGCAACUCCAGAAGCAUCACAGAAUCCAGAUUGUCAUUCUAUUCUGGACAUUCUUCCUUCGGGAUGUACUGCAUGAUGUUUUUAGCGGUGA